GCCUCCCCGCGGGAUCGGGAACUCUCCACCCGGAGCUGCUUUGCCGAAGGAGCAGCCCCCGAGCUCGGCGGCCCCUUUCAUCACUUCCGUCCCCCCCUCCAUCCCCGCUUACUCCUCCUCCUCCUCUCCAUCCAUCCCCGCCUGGGGGGACAAGAGCACAGCCCCAGCCAGCCGAGGCAGGCAGCAGGCAUCAAGGGCCGGGCUGGGCGCACGGCGGCGGCAGCAGCGGAGCCAGCAUGGGCCAGGGCGCACGGCAGGCCGGCGGGCGCGGAAAGGGCGCAGGGGCGCCGGGCGCCGGGCAGGCGUAGCGGCCCUGGCCGGGGGAUGGAGCGCGGCGGCGGCGAGGGGCGCCCGGAGGCGGCUCGUUAAGCAUCUCCCAUGGGCCUGGUUAACUGCCAUCGAAUGUCAUGGAACUUUGUGCUACAAAACAUCCUCCAGAGGAGGAAAGGCGGGUGAAAGCGAAUGCCCGGGAAUAUAACGAAAAGUUCCAAUAUGCGAGUAACUGCAUCAAGACGUCCAAGUACAACGUGGUCACGUUCCUGCCCAUCAACCUCUUUGAGCAAUUCCAGGAAGUGGCCAACACUUACUUCCUCUUCCUUCUCAUCCUCCAGCUGAUUCCACAGAUCUCUUCCCUUUCGUGGUUCACCACCAUAGUGCCUUUGGUUCUUGUGCUUACCAUCACGGCGGUCAAGGAUGCCACGGACGAUUACUUUCGCCACAAGAGCGACAACCAGGUGAACAAUCGCCAGUCUCAGGUGCUGAUCAGUGGGAUCCUCCAGCAGGAACAGUGGAUGAAUGUUCGUGUUGGUGACAUUAUCAAGUUGGAGAACAACCAAUUUGUGGCGGCUGACUUGCUCCUCUUGUCCAGCAGUGAACCUCAUGGACUUUGCUACAUCGAGACUGCAGAGCUGGAUGGGGAGACCAACAUGAAGGUCCGGCAAGCCAUCCCCGUGACCUCAGAGCUGAGCGACACCAGCAAGCUUGCGCACUUUGAUGGGGAGGUGAUCUGUGAACCACCCAACAAUAAACUGGACAAGUUCAGCGGGACCCUCUACUGGAAGGAGAGCAAGCACCCCUUGAGCAACCAGAACAUGCUGCUGCGCGGCUGUGUCCUCCGCAACACGGAGUGGUGUUUUGGCCUUGUUAUCUUUGCAGGCCCGGACACCAAGUUGAUGCAGAACAGCGGCCGCACAAAAUUCAAGAGGACAAGCAUUGAUCGUUUGAUGAACACUCUAGUGCUUUGGAUCUUUGGCUUUCUCGUGUGCAUGGGGGUGAUCCUGGCCAUCGGCAACUCCAUCUGGGAGUACGAAGUGGGCGCCUGCUUCCAGAUCUACCUGCCCUGGGACGAGGCAGUCGACAGUGCCUUUUUCUCUGGCUUCCUCUCCUUCUGGUCCUAUAUCAUCAUUCUCAACACUGUCGUCCCCAUCUCUCUCUACGUCAGCGUGGAGGUGAUACGUCUUGGGCACAGCUACUUCAUCAACUGGGACAAGAAGAUGUAUUGCGUGAAGAGGUGCACGCCAGCCGAGGCCCGGACCACAACCCUGAACGAGGAGCUGGGGCAGGUGGAGUACAUCUUCUCAGACAAGACGGGCACCCUCACCCAGAACAUCAUGGUCUUCAGCAAGUGCUCAGUGAAUGGGCGCAGCUACGGUGACGUUUUGGAUGUCCUAGGUUACAAGGCUGAGCUUGGAGAGAAAACGGAACCGGUGGACUUUUCUUUCAAUCCCCUGGCUGACCCCAAGUUCACCUUCUGGGACACGGGACUCCUGGAAGCAGUGAAGCUUGGCGAUCCGCACAUGCACGAGUUCUUCCGCCUCCUCUCCCUUUGCCACACGGUCAUGUCCGAAGAGAAGAGCCCAGGGGAGCUGUAUUACAAAGCCCAGUCCCCAGACGAGGGAGCCCUGGUGACCGCCUCGCGCAACUUUGGCUUCGUCUUCCGCGGACGCACCCCCAAGACCAUCACCGUUCAGGAGCUGGGGCAGCCCGUGACCUACCAGCUUCUCGCCAUCUUGGACUUCAACAACGUUCGCAAGCGCAUGUCGGUCAUCGUACGGAACGACGAGGGGCAGAUCCGUCUUUACUGCAAAGGAGCAGACACCAUCUUGCUGGAGAGGCUUCACCCAGGCAACCAGGAGCUGUAUAACAUAACCACCGACCAUCUGAAUGAAUAUGCCGGGGAAGGUCUCCGCACAUUGGUGCUGGCUUAUCGCAACCUCGAAGAAAGCUACUACACAGGGUGGGCCGAGCGUUUGCACCGAGCCAGCUUGGCCGGCGAGGGCCGCGAAGAGAGGUUGGCCCGGCUUUACGAGGAAGUGGAGAACGACAUGAUGCUCCUGGGGGCCACCGCCAUUGAGGACAAGUUGCAACAGGGUGUCCCCGAGACCAUCGCCCUUCUCACGCUAGCGAACAUCAAGAUCUGGGUAUUGACGGGGGACAAGCAAGAGACAGCUGUGAACAUCGGCUACUCCUGCAAGAUGCUCACAGACGAGAUGACAGAGGUCUUCAUUAUCACGGGGCACACGGUCCUGGAGGUGCGGCAAGAGUUGCGGAAGGCCCGAGAGAAACUGAUGGACUCUUCCCGGUCUGUGGGGAACGGGUUCACCUACCAGGAGAAGCUCUCUGCCUCGAAGCUGACAUCCGUGCUGGAGGCCGUUACUGGAGAGUACGCCCUGGUGAUCAACGGGCACAGUCUGGCCCACGCCCUGGAGGCCGACAUGGAGCUGGAAUUCCUGGAGACGGCAUGCGCCUGCAGAACCGUCAUCUGCUGCCGCGUCACCCCCUUACAGAAGGCCCAGGUGGUGGAACUGGUGAAGAAAUACAAGAAAGCCAUCACGCUGGCCAUCGGCGACGGGGCCAACGACGUCAGCAUGAUCAAGACGGCCCACAUCGGCGUCGGCAUCAGCGGCCAGGAAGGCAUCCAGGCGGUGCUGGCCUCAGACUACUCCUUCUCGCAGUUCAAGUUCCUGCAGCGCCUCCUGCUGGUCCACGGGCGCUGGUCCUACCUGCGCAUGUGCAAGUUCCUUUGCUAUUUCUUCUACAAGAACUUUGCCUUCACCAUGGUGCACUUCUGGUUCGGCUUCUUCUGCGGUUUCUCUGCCCAGACUGUGUACGAUCAGUAUUUCAUCACGCUGUACAACAUUGUCUACACCUCGCUGCCUGUGCUCGCCAUGGGUGUCUUUGACCAGGACGUGCCUGAGCAUCGCAGUCUGGAAUACCCCAAGCUGUACGAACCGGGGCAGCUGAACCUCCUCUUCAACAAGCGGGAGUUUUUCAUCUGUAUUGCACAAGGGAUCUACACCUCCGUCUUCAUGUUCUUCAUCCCAUAUGGGGUCUUCAGCGACAAUGCCCACCUCGCCGACUACCAGUCCUUUGCCGUCACUGUGGCAACUUCCCUCGUCAUUGUUGUCAGUGUGCAGAUCGGCCUGGAUACAGGAUUCUGGACGGCCAUCAACCAUUUCUUUAUCUGGGGCAGCCUGGCUGUUUACUUUGCCAUCCUCUUCGCCAUGCACAGCGACGGCCUCUUCCAGCUCUUCCCCAACCAGUUCCGUUUUGUUGGCAAUGCCCAGAACACCCUAGCCCAACCCGCCGUGUGGCUGACCAUCGCCCUUACCACUGUCGUUUGCAUCAUGCCUGUGGUCGCCUUCCGUUUCCUCAAGCUGGACCUGAAGCCUGAGCUCUCGGAUACGGUGCGCUACACCCAGCUGGUGCGGAAGAAGCAAAAGACUCAACAUCGCUGCAUGGGCCGGGUCGGCCGGGUUGGCUCCCGCCGCUCAGGCUACGCCUUCUCCCACCAGGAGGGCUUCGGCGAACUCAUCAUGUCGGGCAAGAACAUGCGCCUCAGCUCCUUGGCCCUGUCCAGCUUCAGCGGCCGGCCCAGCACCAGCUGGAUCGAGACCCUCCGCAAGAAGAAGAGUGGAGGUGGCGAUAGCAGCGUCGCCAGCAGUCCCAGCGGGAGCGGGCCUGACAAGACCCUGAAGGUGUGAGAGAGAGAGAUGCUGCGAUGGACUGACACAUAAAGGAUGGGACUUGCCGCCUCCUGGGGUUGGGGAAAGGCCACCCCUCAUGCUAGAAACAGGCCACCGUCCCGUGCUUGCCGUGGGAAUGCGGAACCUUCCAGAUGGAUCUUCAAGAGUAGGCCUGAGGCCUAGGCUGUUGCCGUACAACCAAAAAAAAAAAAAAUCUGACUGCCAGUGUAUAGUGGCAACACAACCUGCUGGCUGGCUGGGACAAACGGGGUGUAACCCCCCCCACACACACACACUAUAGACACCUGAGAGUGAUGUGGCCCAGAACUGUUGCUCGAAAGGGGGCCUUUUUUUAAAAAAAAAAAAUCCAGUAAUAUCUACCCAACUAGCAGGACAUCACUUUCCUGAACUGCGUACGAACGUAUCUGGCUAGAGGCGUGAGAAGGUUGGGCCACACAAAGGUGCGUUGGAGGCUGGAGCCUCAUGCAGAGGCACCAAGAGGAAAGGGGGGUCCCUUGCCCCGCCCUUGACCCACCUCCUUGCCUCUUCCCCCAUCACCUAUACAUCUUUUUAAUAUAUAUAUAGAUAUAGUUAGAUAUAUAUAUAUAUAGAAAGAAAAGAAUCCAUGUUUACAAAAAGGGGGGGGGAAAGACUUUUUUUUCUAUGCCCUGUUGGCAGUGGAAGUUCUCUGUGGGUGCUCCUAGGGCGUGGAGCAGCAGAGUUUAUAUAGAACGAGGCAGAAAUGGCACGGCUUGGAAGACCCUGGUGCCCGCUGAGAUCAGGACCCCCGCGCCGUGGAAGAACUUGGCCAGAAGAGGUUGCGAGCUCCGUCGAGAUGCCUGGUACAUGGAUCCCGUAUUUUUGUUUGAGUUUUGGCGAGGCCAUGGGCUCGCUUCUCCUGCCCCUUCUUUGAAGAACCUGCUUGUUGGUCUGCACCCUUGGGACUGCUUCUUGAGGCGGGAUGGUUUUAAGAAAAGAAAGAAAGAAAAUAUUUUUAUAUAAUGUAGAACUUUGGCUUGCAAAGAGCUGUCUCCUCUUACCAUCCACUUCCUCCCUUCCCUGUGCCCAUGUCCUGAAGCAGCGUUCGCGCAACAGAGGUGCCGCUGGGGGUGGGGGCAGCCCACUGAACGCAGCAGAGCUAACCAGAAGGGGAGAACGUUUUGCUGGGAAAGAUUUUUGGGGCUUGCUGAGGAUGGGGAACGUGGGGCCUUCCAGGAGUUCUUUGACUCCAAUUCCCGUCGGCCCCGGGUGGCAUGGACAGGGAUGAUGUGAACUGGAGUCUGCCAACAUUUUGAGGGCCGCAGGUUUCCCAUCUCCAUCCUAGGCGCAGGGCUGCUGCAGUCCCAGAGGAAGGGCAUCAAGCUGCCCUCCGGAGCAACCCAGAGCUGUUGCCCCCCAUUUUUUUUUGCCUCCUUUGUGAAUUUGUUGAGGCGUUGUCCCGACAGCAGCUCAUCCUGCCAAAAAAGGCUUUGACAACUGUGGCGGUUGUUUGGGGCUAGUUGUCGUCGUGGACCACUUCACAAGAUGAGCACAGGCCAUGUGGGUUGCAGGCCACGGCAGUCCUACUCAGCAUCGACCACUGGUUUUUCACCUUCUCUCCCCAGAUGAUGUUGGGACUACAACUCCCAUCAACCCUGGCCAGCUUGACCAAUGGCCAAGGACGAUGGGGUUUUUAGUCCGACAACAUCUGGGGACCCAUGGCUGAAGAACAGUGCCGUAGACCCAUUGAAAUGAAUGGAUGUGACUAAUGUAGGCCCAUUCAUUUCAAUGGGUCUGCUCAAAGUAAAAGUUGGAUGCAAUGUGCCUGCUGUCCUCUACCGCACAAAGAGGGUCGUCAGUAUGGUACGCCGGUGAGCCAUGCAUCAAGGAAAGGAUUUGAUGACGUUAAGAGUGACAUCUGGCUUAAUCCCCAAUAAGCAUAUUUAAGCAUAUCCUAGCCAGCAGAUUUUAAGUGUGUGUGGCAUGUAUGUGUGCAUUUAUAAUAUAAUCACACAGACGCCAGGCAGGGGGGCCCUUUGACCCUCCAGAUGUUGCCAAGCUAUAUUCCCAUCAGCCUUUGCAAGGCCAGGGAUGAUGGGAGUUGUACCUGAGCAACAGCCGGAGAGCCAAAGGUUCCCUACGCCUGACGCAUACAUCUCUAGGGUGGUGUUGCUGGUCCUGAUCAAAGUAGACCCCUUGAAAUUAAUGGAUGUGGCAACUUGGGUUUGUUCAUUUUAAUGGGUCUACCCUGCAUAGGACUCAGUCGAAUAACCCAUGCACACACAGAGCCCCUGAGUCAGCUCUGAAACAGUCGGCUUGACCAACACCGCAGCCGCGUAUGACGUCGAGCGUGCAGGAGGUGCGUGUGGUAAAAACGGCUUUGCAGGCUGGACAGUGGGGGCUUGGGGGGGCAGUUUCCUCACCGCUGCUGGGAUAGAGAAAAGCCUGUAAACUUGGGUGUGUGUGUGUGGGGUAUUCUGCCAAAGCUUCCCCCCCUUGCUCUGCUGUUUGACCUCGAGCUGGCCCCCUACAUCUGGAGAUGUGAAGGCUGGGGGGGGGAAUGGAAAAAUUGGGGGAAGGCGUGAGGGGGGUGUCAAUUUUUUCAGAAAAAACAGCUUCAUGAGAAGUCUCCCCUCCCAGUUUUCACAUCUCUAGCUUCUCCCCUAUUGCCAAUUUUGGCAGUUUUCUGUCACGUUGCCCAGCGCCAGCCCCAUCCUGACCUCAGCGGCACAGGCAGGGGACUGUUUUUGGACAACCGCGCUUCAGGCAGCAGCUGCACCCCGUCUCACCUGAGUCUGACUUCGAUACCAAAGAGAAAAUGUUCAGAAGGGAGGGAGGGGGGCAGGCAUGCUGGUUUGAUCUGGACUGUCAUAUAUUUUGGGGGGAGUGCAAAGCAAGAGACGCUUUAUAAACAGGGCAGUCGUGCCAUGCACAAGAACCGAGGAACAUUCCGUAUAAUUUAUUACACAUUUCUAUACUUGGCAGAAUUGUUAUCAUUUUAUGGGUAUAAAGAGAAAAUUGCAUUUUCUUAAAAAAAAGAAAAGAAAAA